GGGGGCCGGUACACACGUUUCCGAAUGUCCGAGAGUCUGUGCGUGUGUUCACACGUGUAGACGUGUGUGCACAACUGUCUCUAGGAGAACCUGCUUUUGCUUGCAUACCCGCGUGCCUGUGGGUACCUGUGUCCACCUGUGUGUUUCUGUGUGUACAUGGAUCAGUAUGCGUGUGAGUACACGUAGGGCUGGGGAUUUCUGGGGGCACAUAUUCGAGGAGCAGAGACUCACCCCUCCCAACUUGUCCCACUGCCCAGCCACCUGGUGGGGUCCAUGGGGGAAGCAGGGGGCGGAAAUGCCCCAGCCCCAGCAGCAGCGAGGGACUUUGUGUGUCCGUCCUGGGUUGGCGUGGGGUGGGAGAGGGGAGAGGCUCAGCUGGCGGCCACAGGAGCCCAGCAGGGCUGCACUGCUCCGGCCCCCACCCCCUUCAGGGUCAGAGAUUCUUAGGAAUGACCUUGAAUCAUCCCGUUUCCUUGUCCUGUCCCUGCCUACUUACCAGAAAAGAGGAAGAACCAGGCUCCAUUAGGUGGCUGCAAGCUCCCCACGCACUGUGUGGGCUGCUGGGGCCUGAGUCAGCCCCUGGCCACUUGCUCUGUGCCUGCCUUGUGCCUCGGUUUCCCUUUGGGGAUGAUGGCGGGGUCAGGCUCCAUGCUAAGGAACUCUUCCAGGGAAAGACCACCUCCCCAGAGGGGCUUGGGGAGCCCCUACAAGCCUGGGGAGGCCGGCUGGCUGUCACCUCCACCUGGCCUGAGCUGGAAGUGGUAGUCAUGGCCCCUGGGGCCCCAGCCUCGCUUGAAUCUGGGCUCUCCAGCUGGUCUCUGCCCCCUCCCCAGGGGAGCCCUCGCUUCCUCCACGCCUGGCACCCCUCACCCAUCUCAGCCAGGAUGCCAACGAGGCGCUGGGCCCCAGGCACCCAAUGCAUCACCAAGUGUGAGCACACGCGCCCCAAGCCCGGGGAGCUGGCCUUCCGCAAGGGUGACGUGGUCACCAUCCUGGAGGCCUGCGAGAACAAGAGCUGGUACCGCGCCAAGCACCACGCCAGCGGGCAGGAGGGGCUGCUGGCGGCGGGCGCACUGCGGGAGCGCGAGGCCCUCUCUGCGGACCCCAAGCUCAGCCUCAUGCCGUGGUUCCACGGGAAGAUCUCGGGCCAGGAGGCUGUGCAGCAGCUGCAGCCGCCCGAGGACGGGCUGUUCCUGGUGCGAGAGUCCGCGCGGCACCCGGGCGACUACGUGCUGUGCGUGAGCUUCGGCCGUGACGUCAUCCACUACCGUGUGCUGCACCGCGACGGCCACCUCACCAUCGACGAGGCGGUCUGCUUCUGCAACCUCAUGGAUAUGGUGGAGCAUUACAGCAAGGACAAGGGGGCCAUCUGCACGAAGCUGGUGAAACCCAAGAGAAAGCAGGGCACCAAGUCAGCGGAGGAGGAGCUGGCCAAGGCCGGCUGGUUACUGAACCUGCAGCAUUUGACGUUGGGAGCGCAGAUCGGAGAAGGAGAGUUUGGAGCCGUCCUGCAGGGUGAGUACCUGGGACAGAAGGUGGCCGUGAAGAACAUCAAGUGCGACGUGACAGCCCAGGCCUUCCUGGACGAGACGGCGGUCAUGACGAAGAUGCAGCAUAAGAACCUGGUGCGUCUGCUGGGUGUGAUCCUGCACCAGGGCCUCUACAUCGUCAUGGAGCACGUGAGCAAGGGUAACCUGGUGAAUUUUCUACGAACGCGGGGCCGGGCCCUCGUGAACACCCCCCAGCUCCUGCAGUUUUCCCUGCACGUGGCCGAGGGCAUGGAAUACCUGGAGAGCAAGAAGCUGGUGCACCGAGACCUGGCCGCCCGGAACAUCCUCGUGUCCGAGGACCUGGUGGCCAAGGUCAGCGACUUUGGCCUGGCCAAAGCCGAGCGGAAGGGGCUGGACUCCAGCCGGCUUCCAGUCAAGUGGACGGCACCCGAGGCUCUCAAACACGGGAAGUUCUCCAGCAAGUCGGACGUCUGGAGUUUCGGGGUGCUGCUGUGGGAGGUCUUCUCAUACGGCCGGGCUCCAUACCCCAAGAUGUCGCUGAAGGAGGUGUCAGAGGCCGUGGAGAAGGGGUACCGCAUGGAGCCCCCCGAGGGCUGCCCGGGUCCCAUCCACGCCCUCAUGGGCAGCUGCUGGGAGGCUGAGCCCGCUCGCCGGCCGCCCUUCCGCAAACUGGCUGAGAAGCUGGCCCGGGAGCUGCGCAGCGUGGGCGCCUCGGCCCCCAACGGGGGGCAGGAUGCAGACGGUCCCACCUUGCCCCGCAGCCAGGAGCCCUGACCCUGCCCGCGGGGCCUCGGGCCCCAGAGAACUGAGACAGUGGGGGGCACAGGGUGGGGACUCGGGCCAGGCCUGAGGAGCGGCAGGGCCAGCAAGCUGCCCGCCCGGCUCACAUCACAGGGGCAGGCUGC